AUGAAUGUGACAGAGUUUAACCAGUCGGAUCACUGUGAGCAUUUCUCCUGUCCAGAGAGAUCUGUAUCUCCUGCAGUUUAUAUCUUACUGUAUGUGUGUUCAACUGCUGUGGUUCUGCUAACAGUGUGUGGAAAUAUGCUCGUCAUCAUCUCUGUUAUUUACUUUAAGCAGCUGCACACACCGACUAACAUGCUUGUGCUCUCUCUGGCUGUAUCAGAUUUAUUUGCUGGCAUUUUUGUGAUGCUUCCAAUUUUAAUUUGGACUAUUGAGUCAUGCUGGAUUUUGGGGAGAGUUUUCUGCACCUUGUACUGGUUGAUUAGUGGUUUUCUCACAAUAUCAAUUUAUACCGUUGCACAGAUUGCUGUGGACCGAUAUUUGGCUCUCUCAAAUCCUUUUCUCUAUCUGAACAUUGUCUCUGUGAGAAUAACCUGUUUAAUAAUUGGUUUUAACUGGUGUCUAGUGCUGGUCUAUAGUGUAGCACUCUUAUAUUUUAAUGGAAUUGCCAAAAGUUUUGUAAACUGUCCUGGAGAGUGUUUUCUCCCUCUGAAUGAGUUUUGGUCUGUAAUUGAUCUUGUAUUUUCAUUCAUAUUUCCACUUUCUGUCAUAAUCAUAUUCUAUACUCUGGUUUUUUUGAUUGUUAAGAAACAUGCCACUGCUAUCAGAGAGCUUCAUAAUUACACACAGACUAAAACACAGAAAAUCACCUCACACUCAAUGAAAUCUGAGAGAAAAGCAGCUAAAGUCCUCGGCAUUUUAGUCUCUGUGUUUCUGGUGUGUUUACUUCCAUAUUUUAUUUACAGUUUAUUGGGCAAUGUUAUUGAAAUACAGAUAGAAACAUUUCAGUAUUUAUCAAUCUUGUUUUGUCUUAACUCUGCCAUUAAUCCAAUUAUUUAUGCUCUGUUUUACGUGUGGUUUAGGAGGUGCAUUAAAUUAAUCAUAACUCUAGAAAUAUUUCAGACAGACUCUACAUUAAUCAGUGUUGUUCCUUAA